AUGUCCUCUAGUGAAUUACGGUUUAGACGCACUGUCAAGAUUGAUGGCAAAGAAGAAACUGUGGAUCUCUUGACUCUUGCCUUAAAGAAAGAGGCUGAAUAUGAUAAGGAUUCAUUUCCGGACUUUUUAGAUAUUAUCUACUUCAUGAAACAGAUCUUGGCACUUGUGUUUGGAAUUGUCUGGGGAAUCGUUCCCUUCACGGGAGCGUUCGGAUUGGUCACAGGUUUGGUGUGGGUAAUUGGACUUCCACUUGUAUAUGCGACUCGUUACAUUCGUGUGAAUACUGACGAUUUCGAUGUGAUGACAAUUCUUCAGGAAGGGGCCAUGCAGGGUGUAUGCCUUUAUUUAGUUGCAUGGAUUGUUACGUAUUCGGCUUUCCAUUUCUAAGCUUUGGGUAUAC